UGCACAGCGUAUUUUGAUUAUGUUCACCUUGGUAUUGCAAUUAUUAUUAUAGAAUUAUUAAUUCAGAUGAACUCAACAUACAGUGGUGAAGCACCAGCCAUAUAUUUAGUGCUGCAUUAACUACCAACUUAAACUUGCACUCAUUUAGACUCACAUCUCUUUCCUUGGAGACAGGAAUCUCCAAAUUAAAAUAUCCCUCAUUGAGUGGUGCAUGUCUGCGAUCCCAGCACUUGGGAAGCAAAGGCAAGCAUUUUAAGGCCAGCCUUAGUUACACAGUCCAUUUUGAGGCCAGCCUUAGUUACACAGUCCAUUUUGAGGCCAGCCUGGGCUACAUGAGAUCCUGCUUCUGAAAGAAAAAAAAAUAUCACCCUUUUAAAUGUUUCUACACAAAUGAACUCCUCAUUUCUCCCAACUGAGACUCGGUGUCCCGAGCAAGCAUCUUCCACUUGCCCUCUCCCACCCAAGCCUCUGGUACAUUCCAUUUAGAUUCCACAAGAGUGAGAUCAGGCAGUAUUUGUCUUUCUGUGACUGGUUUACUCCAGCUAGCAUGGUGUUCUCCAGAUGUCCACCUUUCUUAAGGACGAACAGUUUUCCUUGGUAUAUAUGCACACUCGUCAUCCGCUCGUCUAUUGAUGGACACUCAUGGGACAAUCAGAGUGUGGGAACUGGAUCUCCCAAAUAGAAAAAUCUGGCCAACCGAGUGCCAAACAGGACAGAUGAAAAGAAUAGUCAUGAGUUCUGGAAUGGCCGACGAUGACAGCUUUUUCUACCUCGGCACCACAACCGGGGAUAUUCUCAAAAUUAACCCCAAGACCAAACUGCUGGCAGACACUGGGCCCAUGAAGGACAAAUUCAGCUUGGGAGUGUCGGCUCUCAGGUGCCUGAAGAUGGGUGGUUUGUUGGUCGGCUCUGGAGCUGGCUUGUUGAUCUUCUGUAAAAGCCCCAGUUACAAACCUAUCAAGAAACUCCAGCUGCAAGGUGGCAUCACUUCUAUCACGCUCCGAGGAGAAGGACACCAGUUUUUUGUAGGAACAGAAGAAUCACACAUCUACCGAGUUAACUUCACCGAUUUCAAAGAGACUCUCAUUGCAACUUGUCACUUUGAAGCCGUCCAGGACAUCGUCUUUCCAUUCGGCACUGCUGAGCUGUUUGCCACCUGUGCCAAGAAAGACAUCAGGGUGUGGCACACAAUGUCCAAACGGGAGCUGCUUCGGAUCACUGUGCCCAACAUGACCUGCCAUGGCAUCGACUUCAUGAGAGAUGGCAAGAGCAUCAUCUCAGCAUGGGAUGAUGGAAAAAUCAGAGCCUUUGCUCCAGAGUCAGGUCGUCUGAUGUACACCAUUAACAGUGCUCACAGGAUCGGGGUGACGGCCAUUGCUACCACCAGUGACUGUAAAAGGAUCAUCAGCGGUGGAGGAGAAGGGGAGGUGAGGGUGUGGCAGAUAGGCUGCCAGACUCAGAAGUUGGAGGAGGCUCUGAAGGAGCACAAGUCUUCCGUGUCCUGUAUCAGGGUGAAGAAGAACAAUGAGGAGUGCGUCACUGCCAGCACCGACGGGACAUGCAUCAUUUGGGACCUUGUGCGACUCAGAAGGAAUCAGAUGAUCCUGGCCAACACCCUUUUCCAGUGUGUUUGUUACCACCCGGAAGAAUUCCAGAUCAUCACCAGCGGCACAGACCGGAAGAUUGCUUACUGGGAAGUAUUUGAUGGGUCAGUAAUCAGAGAGUUGGAAGGUUCCUUGUCUGGGUCCGUCAACGGCAUGGAUAUCACUCAGGAAGGAGAACACUUUGUUACAGGUGGACACGACCAUUUGAUCAAAGUCUGGGACUACAACGAGGGCGAGGUGACUCAUGUUGGGGUGGGACACAGUGGCAACAUCAUGGGCAUCCGGAUAAGUCCAGGAAACCAGUAUAUCGUCAGUGUGAGCGCAGACGGAGCCAUCUUGAGGUGGAAAUACCCAUUUGCUUCAUGAAGCGCUCUGGAUCUCCCCAGCUUCCACCCUAUAUUGAACACAGUCCCGCCCAGGACCAAGUUUGGAUAACUCCAGAACCGGUUUUGAUUUCUCACACCUAGUUUUGUUCUAUAGUCAAAAUACUUUAUCUUGAAGUUACUUCUUUCCUUUAUACAAUAUGUCUUACUAUCUUAAAUUGUAUGUUGAAAUUGAAAUAUGCUAAAGAAAAACUUUAUUCAGUAUACAUAUAUACACACAUGUACACAUAUAUGUAUAUGUGUGUAUAUAUAUGAGUUCUUUCAUAUUUUAAUAAAUUUGAAGGUGCUAUACUCUGA